AUUUACACACAGCUGUACAUCAUAGAGGGAGAGAGUGAAGGAGUGAAUGAAGAACAUGAGGUGCUACAGAUGGAGAAAAGUUACAGGACACUCCAAGACACUCCAAUCAACUGCAAUGACAUCUUUAAUCCUUUACCUGAACCAGGAUAUGAGGAGAAGAGAAGAGAGAAGAAAGACAAAAUAAAAACUGUUCUUACUAAAGGCAUCGCUGGAAUUGGAAAAACCGUCUCUGUGCAGAAGUUCAUUCUGGACUGGGUCGAUGGUAAAGCCAAUCAGGAUGUAGAUUUCAUGUUUGUGCUUCCGUUUCGAGAGCUGAACUUGAUUAAAGAUCAUCAGUACAGUCUUCACAGACUUCUGCUUGACUUUCAUCCUGAACUUCAAGAUCUGGAUUCAAAGAUUUAUGAUAAAUGUAAAGUUGUGUUCAUCUUUGAUGGUCUGGAUGAAAGCAGAAUUUCACUGAUGUUUUCAGACAGUCAAAAAGUUUCUGAUGUGACUGAGAUUUCAUCAGUGGGUGUGUUGAUGUCAAACCUCAUGAAAGGAGAUCUGCUUCCCUCUGCUCUCAUCUGGAUCACCACCAGACCAGCAGCAGCCAAUCAGAUCCCCUCUAAAUACAUCAACCGUGUGACAGAAAUUCAGGGAUUCAAUGACCCUCAGAAGGAGGAAUAUUUCAGGAAGAGAAUCAGUGAUGAGCAUCAAGCCAAUAGAAUCAUCUCACACAUCAGAAGAGCAAGAAGCCUCCACAUCAUGUGUCACAUACCCGUCUUCUGCUGGAUCUCAGCCACUGUGCUUCAAAACCUCCUGAAACAAGAUCUCAGUGCGGAAAUCCCCCAAACUCUGACUGAAAUGUACAUCUACUUCCUGCUCAUUCAAACAAAUAUGAAGAACCAGAAGUAUGAAGACAGACAUCCAGAGAAACUCCUGCAGUCCAACAGACAUGUGAUUGUGAAACUUGCUGAACUGGCAUUCAGUCAACUGAUGAAGGGCAAUGUGAUGUUCUAUGAGGAGGACCUGAGAGAAAGCGGCAUAGACGUCACUGCCGCCUCAGUGUAUUCUGGGAUUUGCACUGAAAUCUUUAAAGAAGAAUCUGUGAUUUGUCGGAGGACGGUUUACAGUUUUGUACAUCUGAGCUUUCAGGAGUUUUUUGCAGCACUGUAUGUGUUUUACUGCUAUUUACACAAGAACAGUGAGGUUCUGAAAAUGUUCCUGACAGGAAAGUCCAGAACUCAGUGUGAAAAUGUUCCUCUGGAUGUGGUUCUGAAGGGAGCAAUGAAUAAAGCUUUAAAAAGUGAAAAUGGACACCUGGAUCUUUUCCUUCGAUUUCUUCAUGGCAUCUCACUGGAGUCCAAUCAGAGACUCUUACAGGAUGUACUGAUACACACAGAAAACAACCCAGAGAGCAUCAAGAAAAUAAUCCACAGCCUCAAACGAGGUCAAAAAAACAAUGUCAGCCCUGACAGAUGGAUUAAUCUGUCUCACUGCUUGAUUGAGAUGAAGGAUAACUCUGUUGUUGAAGAGAUGCAGGCAUUUUUAAAAUCUGAAACGAAAGAAAAAAGUCUUUCUCUUGCACAGUGUUCAACUUUGGCAAACAUAAUCCUGAUGUCAGAGGAGGCGCUGGAUGAAUUUGAUCUUAAAAAAUUCACCACUAAAUCAAAAGAUGGUAGACAGAGACUGUUACCUGCUGUGAGGAACUGCAGAAAAGCUCUAUUGAUAGACUGCAAUCCUACUGAUCAGCACUGUGAAAUUGUGGCUUCAGUUUUACAAUCAUCAAACUCCCUGGGAGAGCUGGACUUGAGUAACAAUCAACUGCAAGAUUCAGGAUUGAAGCUGCUCUGUAAUGGUUUGAAGAGUCCAAACUGUCAACUCAACAUGCUGAGAUUGUCCAUCUGUAAUCUCAGUGAUCAGUGCUGUCAGAUUUUAGCUUCAACUCUACAAUCAUCACAAUGCUCCCUAAAAGGGCUGGACCUGAGUAACAAUGACCUGCAGGGUUCAAGAGUGGAGCUGCUCUGUGCUGGACUGAAGAGUCCAAACUGUCAACUCAACAUACUGAGAUUGGUCAGCUGUGAUCUCACUGAUCAGUGCUGUGAAAUUUUGGCUUCAGCUCUACAAUCAUCAGACUCUCGUCUGAAAGAGCUGGACCUGAGUAAGAAUGACCUGCAGGAUUCGGGAGUAAAGCUGCUUUCUAAUGGACUGAAGAGUCUGAACUGUCAACUCAACAUACUGAGAUUAUCUCAGUGUUUGGUGACAGCAGAAGGUUGUGCUGCUCUGGCAUCAGCUCUGAGUUCAAACCCCUCACACCUGAGAGAGCUGGAUCUGAGCUACAAUCACCCAGGAGAUUCAGGAGUGAAGCUGGAACAACUUCACCUGGAAAAACUCAAGUAAGUUAUUUAACUGUAUUUUGUCCCAGACAGAAGCUCAGCUUCUCUAUGAUUGAAUGAGCUGUUAACUAAACCAAACCAAACUGCAGAAACAAUAGUGAAAAGAUAGUAUGUGAAGAGAUUAUCUGUCUAUACGAGAUAGACUGGUUACGGUAGCUAAUGUCUACAAAUAUAAAGAUAUGAAUACCUUUUCGACCGAUGAAAGCGAAAACUCAAGGCCGUGUUUGAGGAAAUCACCAGCAGGACCGUUAACUGUCACUACUCAGCUGAGCUGGGAUGCCAUGGAUACAUGCGCAUACACUAAAGUGAUGUCACUCGAUCACACGCUCAUGUGAUUGCUAAAAUAGGGCCUAAUUGUAGCCUAUGUUCAAUUUUAUUAUUGAAGGAUAUCAUGUUUUUGAUGUUUAAAUCAGAGCCUAACUGCUAAAAACUCGUUAUUUGAUGACAUCUUUAAUUACAGUAGUUACUCCUAUUUUCUUUUUCCAAAAAUGAAAGUUAGUAAUUCUUAACAUUAACUCCAUUAUACAAUGAGUUCAACAAUGAGUUUCAACAAAGAUGUUUUUUGCAUUUGCAUUCCAUUAUCACAGGUAAAAAGGGUAGUUUGUUUCGAGGAAUAUACCCUUUGAGGGGAGACACUGCAGGCAAAAACACAGUUUUUCAGGCGUCUGUCAAAUUUAAGAUUUUGGGCUUUUUGGUUUUUCAUAAAGUGUUUUUUCAGAUGAGUGGAAAGAAAAUAUCCAAAAGACACUGUUAAGUGUUUCUUUUAUAGCACUUUAUGUAUUUGUGUCAAUAGAUUUCAAUUACAAUUAGUAUUUUUAAAUCCUGUUUUCACAAAAUGAGUUUUUUCUCCUACACUGAGCCAUAAAUCUCUACUUCUGUAGUACUCACACACACCAAACUUUACAUUUUUAUCCCUGUCUAUAUGCUGAAGGUUUUUACAGAGGGAUUUGUUCAUAUAUAAUUUGCUUGUUCAAAUAUGCAACAUUUUAUUCCCCCCCAAAAAUUGUGAAAAUAUAGUGUUUUCAGUCUGUUCUAAGUAUUUUCUGAAUUAUGGAGUGACAAAUAUUAUAUACUCAAAAUUCCCUCUGCAAAAAAAAAAAAAAGAUAAAUAAAUAAAAUAAACAAGAAUUUUGAAACUGACUUCAUCCGGUGUUUAGAUUUUUGUACUAGAAAUGUGUGCAAAUUCAUUUGCAUAUUUAAACCUAACAUUUUAGAAAACUUGUACUAAAAAAAAUGUUUGCAAUUAUCAAUGUAAUCAAUUAACUGGGUAAGCAAGGUGAUAACUAUUGGUUUUGUUUUUGUUUGUUUUUUUUGUUUGUUUGUUUUUUUUACCUUAUUCGCCUGCAAUGUCUCACCUUAAAAUCCAAUAUGGGUUCAUAUUUUAGUUUAAUUUUGUCUUUAAUUUGAUGCACUUUGUCUGAGUUGCAAGGUGUCAGGUCUGAUGAUAAAGCCCAAGCAUGGGUGACUGUGUUUUUUAAGUGUUGUUAUGGAAAUGGCAGAUGAGGGACUAGACAGGGACGUUUGCAAACUGCAUGACUCGGACGAAUGUCCUAUGAACAUCCGGCAGCGGACGUCAAAAAGAGGACCAAAUGUUGACGUAAGUGAACAUCCUCAAAACGUCCAUCACCGAACGUUACAAAGCGGACGUACUACGGACCUAAACAGACGUUCGCAACGUCUGGAGGACGUCCCCUGUUUGCUAGGAUGCUCCACCAAAGACUUUAUAUAUAGGAAGACAGUGCAGUCCUAUUAUUUAUGAAUGGAAUAAAGUGUAACGCUCAAUAUGGCGAAUAAACCCUGCCUUCUAAAUGAAAGAGCCAGGCUGUUUCUCAAUUCCAAGAAUGCAAAGAACGAACUUGUGUUCUCGUGGAGACCGGCUUCCUUGCCAGGCUUCCUUGAAAGAACGAACUCGGAAGGACGCGAGAACACAGAACGCGUCAUUGUGAGAGUUGAGAUGCGCUGUGUUCUUGCUGCUCAACUCACAGUCCCAACGGAUUAUAAGGAGUGAGACAGCAGCACGCAAUGCACAAUAAUAUCAAACAAAUGCCAUAACGCUUUACAAACAUUCAUUUCAUUUUAUUAUAGACAAUAUUUUCCUAUUAUUUUGUAGCUUUUUACUGCAUGUAUUUGUGAAAAUGAUUAGGCUAAGUAUAAUGUUACAAAUUCUUUUUAAUAUGCCAAUAAGAAGUACAACAGGGUUUCUAACUUCAUUAAAAUAAUGCAAAACAAAAUGACAAAUGUUUACUUUCACGGGCCGUCACGUAUUUGCGCAUUUACAGCAGGAAUGUCUUAAGCGAGAACGAGAAGUUUAAAGAUUACAGGCUUCCGUAUGUCAUCCGCCCGCAGCGUCUUAUGGGAUUUCUAACGGUUCGAUUCUCUCAAGUCUGCAUUUGAUGUAUCCUCGAUUUCAAGAACACAUCCGGGCACUUUCACGUGUCCUCUGUACUUGCAUCCUUCAGUAUUGGAAUUGAAAUUCGACGGUUAAUAAUGACGUAGAGCGAGAACACAAGGACGCAAGAUCGCAUAAGAACGCAUAUUGAGAUUAGUUAAGUCAUCGCAUCACUACAGCUGCUGUUAGAAGCUCCGGUUCCUAUAGAAACAGGCAGCAUUUGCAGACUCGCUCUCAUGACUGCGCAUGUGCAUUGGCCGCUCUAGUAUCAAAAACAAGGCUUUUUAUCACCACUGGAGCAUAAGGAACAACAUUUAUAAGGCAGUUAAGAUUUCAUUGGUGAUUUAAAAUAUGAAAUUUAAUCGUAAGCUUGGUGAACAGUUUUGGAGAAUUUGAUGUUUCCUCAUUCAAAGAGAUAGGAGCUGCACUUGCAUGGCCAAGAGGCAUUUCAAAGAUGGCCGCCAAGUGAAAUGACUUGCCUUAAAAGGACUUUUGGUCCCACCUCCGCUUUUUGAAUAGCAGAGACAAUUCAUGCCAGACAUUGAAGUACAAGUUUAUAAAAUUGAGUUGAUUAGUCUGCAGUUUGUUUGAAUCAGUUGAAAUCAGUGCAGAUUUUAAGUUCAAUUCUUUAGCUCAAUUUAGAGUGAUGCCAUUUAGAUUUCUCCAGACCAGAUCCACUGUCAGAUACCUCUGUAUAAACAACAGUCAAACAGUUGCUCAUCCACCUUUAUGGGCAGAGAUUCGGAAUUGUUACCCAAAGGUUGCAUGUUCGGCCUUCAGUCCCCACAAUGUUAAAAAAUUAUUGAAAAUAGUAAAUGAUGUUUAUCUGAAAAUGUAACAAUGCAAACAUGUUUCCUGUAAGGGGUAGGUUUAGGGUUGGGUUAGGGGAUAGACUAUAUUGUUUGGUCAGUAUAAAAACUAUAGAAGUCUAUGGAAAGUCCCCACAGUUCACAAAAACAAACGUGUGUGUGUGUGUGUGUGAGUGAGUGAGUGACUGAAUGUUAAGGUGACCAGAUUUCUGAAAUGAAAACCAGGAACAUUUCGUAGUUCAGUGGGAAAAAUAUCACUGAAAUCUCAUUUGUGAUUAUCUGUAAUUCAAAAACGGACACAAUAUAUUUUUGUAGCCUAUAUGAUUUUGUUUUUUAAUUGUUGUGGGUUCCAUAUAUUAGUUAAUAAUUACAGUGAUGUUUGAGAAUCAGACUUACCCUAGUUUUUAAUAUAAUUCACCAAAAAUCACACUAUGAAAAAUAUUAGUAACUACUGCAAAUAGCAAACAUAUCAAAACAAUAUUAUAACACAAUUAUGGCUUUACAAAAACACAUUAAAAUAAAACAAUAAAUAUGAGAACAUGAGAAAACUGUAUUUAGCAAAUGUUUAAUAUUUUCUAACUGUAUUUAACAUUUUCAGAAACUGUGAGUACAGUAAUUACAACUCUACAAAUUGUGUGUUUGCUUUUGGAAUUUUCUGUCCCUAUUCAGGUUUAUUAUUUUGCAUGUUAGGCUCAUUUUGACAAAGUAUGUGCUUUCUACAAAUCUAAUUGUGCAAGACUCGUUUAUUUUAUUUUUUAUAUACAGUCAUGGUCAGAAUUGUUUGUACCCUUGUUAAAUAUGAUCAAAAAAGGUUGUGGAAAUCUUUAAUUAAAUAAUAUAAUAUAUUAAAUAUCUAAUAUCUAAUAAAAAUCACAUUAUGAAAUAAAUAAUUGUCUCUAAUAUACAAUGGCCACAAUUACCCUUAGAAAUUCUUGAGUAAAAUAUUUCUAAAGUAUAUUUUCAUUUAUAUUUUCAUUUUUUUAGCACACCAGCAUGACAGAACAUGAAAUUAUCCAGGAUUGUAAAUGUGAGGUAAUACAAAGGCCAAAUUCCCUUAACCCUCUAUGGGACGGUGUUGCCAUAUGGCAACAAUUAUUUUCUACUUACUUCCUUGUUAUUCUGAAAAAAAUACAAUAUAAUGUAAUAUGUUAAUUAAAAGGGCCGGCCUUAAGGCAGUCAAUGAUAGGCUGUUUUUAAGCCACAUGACAUUUGAAUGUUCCUCCAAACACUUUUUUCCACUGUCACCCCAACAUGGAGGACACCUGUUGAAGUGCUCCAGAAAUUGCUCUGUAAACCUAAUUUCUGAAUUCUCUUCUCAAGGGAGAUUUUUUUGCAUCAAGUUCUAAUUUACACAUCCCCAUGUACCCAGUCGGAUCUUGCAAGAUCUCGUGACCAUAUCCCCAUAAAACUUUUUGCGGUGUUUACUUUAGAACUGCACGAUUAAUCAUUAAAAUAUGGAGAUCUCGAUUCAAACACCCAUGCAAUCUUAUUCCUGAAUGACAACGAUUUAGUUAUGACUAUUAGCCCUAUAAAGCCUGACACAUUAAAAAAUUGGCAGAAAAUUAUAUAUUUUUUGGAAAUUAGAUGUUUAUUAAGCCUUUAAACAAAAUUAAAAAAAAAAAAAAAAAAAAUUGCCAACUCAUUUUGUUUAUGAUAUAUUUUUUGUAUCACAUCUGAUACAUCAGGCUUUUUGGGAACUUUUUGCUUACAACAGUGUAGAUUUUAGAUACAAAAAAACUAUUAUGCCUUUAACAGUUAGAAAACAUAGAACAUUUUAGGCAGUUUUUCUCUUUGUUUUUUUUACAUAUAUCUUUUUUCCAGUCCUUUUAUUUCACUUUGUGGUAGUCACGGAAGCAGUUUCUGUCUUUGUUCAGGCAAAGAUGCACCUUACACUUCUCGCAGUAUACAUGUGAGAAGUGAUUGCUGGUGCAAUGCCUGCAUCUUUGUCAGGUUUCCCAUGUUGGAAAAUGAUCCAUGGCAUCCCUUCUGACAUCCAGGGGCACACUGCAGCUUGACCUUUUACGGGGUGGUGAUGGAGCUGCUUCUGGACAGGAUAGUGGUCGUCCAAACUGAUGUAAAGUAAUUGUCUGCAAAGACCUUGUGAUUUUUUUCCUGCUGGAAGUGUUGAUGUCAUUUUCAGCACAACUUCUCCUGUAACACCCACUUCUGAUUUUUCUCUGUCUUGAUGUUCUGCACCUUGACAAACAUCAAAGUCAUAAAGAAAGACACUUUGUUUAGCACGUCCCCACAUCUUAAAACCCCAUUUGUGAGGUUUUGCAGGCAUGUAGACACGUAGAUGAGAUUUUCCCUUGAAUGGCACCAUAAUUUCAUCUACUGCAUGACAUUCUUCAGGAGGUAUGCAAAGAAACUGUUCUCGCAGUUUUUGUAACCAUGGCCUAAGCUUCCACUGAAAUUGUCCUGAAAGUGAAUCAGUGUGAGCAAUUUCAGAAACAUUACAUCACAAACUGCAGGAAGCUUUGUCUCCAUCUCCCAAUAUGCUCUCACGCAGGACAUCUGUACUAACCCCAUAUGCAUGUACAUGCCUAGAACUUGCUCUAGCUCUUUGGCAGUUGUGUUUAUCGACUUGCCCUCUUUUUGUACGCUGUACAGAUUUGUUUGUUCUGCCGUUUCCUGUAGCAUUUCAUCAGUGACAAACUGUUUGAAAUACAUGUAUGGAGUCCAGUUACACCUGUCUUCUGUCCCUUCCUCAUCAGAUGCAAUGAAACCGACAGAUGGAGGUUGAAAUUGUUUUUUUCUCCAUCUGUAUUCUUUCUUUUUUGCAUUAUCCUUCACUGACUGCUUUUUGAUUGUGUCCUGUGUUGUUGGGACCUCAACUUCUGUGCUGCUCUGGACUACACUUUCUUCUUGAUAAUCUUCCUCAUCACUGCUGUCUGAACUUCCAUCAUCAUGCAUGGCCUGAGGAACCCAUUCCUCAUCAUCCUCCUCCUCCUCUUCCUCUAACUGCUCUAGGUACUCUUGAAUUGCCAUCCAUUACUAUGUCGAUGACAUUUUCAAGACGCUUUCUUUUUCUCUCUUCUUCCUCUAAUCUUUUUGACAUCUAAAAAUACACAUAACAAAUUGAUGAACCCAGCAUAUUGAUUAUGAUUUUAGAGGAAUUAUUACUGUAAAAAUAACAAAUGUAUUUGUGGUAAGCAUAUUGUAGAUUACAUUACAAAAAUGUGACACGACUGUUCAGGGAUAAAGCACCUUACAUAGCUGCCGUUUCAAAUUUAAUAUGUGCAUUUUUAACACAAUUUAUAUUUUAAUAUGGCAUUUCAGUCAUUAAUUAGAUUAAUUGAAUCAUCCCAAUAUUGUGUGUGUGUUUGCAUUGUGGUAGUCAUAAAGUAGAUUACAUUACAACAAUGUGACAUGACGGUUUAGACAUAAAGCACCAUUAAUACCUGCAGUAUCAAAUUUGAUACACAAAUUCUAACACGAUUUAAUUGUAAUUUAACGAUUAAAUCAUUAAGUAAUUAUGCAUUGUUUCAAUUCAGAAAGUGUUUAAUUAAUUAUAUCGGGCGCAAUACACAUGUUAUUUUUACCUUAACAACUUGAAAUUAUCCUUUAUUUUCCUGCCGAAAGCGUCCGGCGUGAUGAAAUCGCAGUCGCCAUUUUGAAAAGCUAGAAAAUCACCCCUCUACUGCCUGCAGUACAGUGAAAUUCCACAAGGUGGCAGAAUUCACGUAUCAAAAUAGAUACAAUAGGUUUUCAAAGAAAGUAUUGCUCUCAUUGAGUCAAUAUAUGUCUUAGAAACUCGUGUAUCAAAUAUAAUACGUGCGGUUUUAAAGACUGUUUCACAUUGCGAGUGUCAGUGGAGCGUGAGAAGCACGUUUUGUCGCUGCCCCUGUUAAAGGGGUCAUCGGAUACUAAGUUCACUUUUUCAUGUUGUUUGAACAUUACUGUGUGUUGGCAAAAAUCCAUGCAGUGGUUUUUAAUUAAUCUGUAAAAAUAAUAUCCCCUUUUUCAAAUCAAGCCGUUCUCAGAUGCCUGUCAGUGUGACGUCACACCCACAGAGGCCGCUCCCACGAUAGUUGAUUGACAUGAGUGUUUUACCUUAGACCAGCUGUAACAGUCCAGGGAUGUAAGUUAGACAAGAAUAUCUCCGAUUGAGGUGUUGUGUUGCUGGAUGUAAUAAUGAACAUAGUGGUCGUCAUUUACUCCGACAUCUGAGCCGCUGAAGAUGCAGUAGAUUAUGUUUGUUUGUGAAGGGAAUGCGCCUCCCGAUCUACAUAUAUCCGUCUACGUUCGCGCGAAUCAUUCGUGAUCCAGCUUCACUUACAGCACAAGUGAGUAUAAGCGUUUUUUUAAUGAAUCUUUGUGAUCGCCUUUCCUUAUAACGUGGUAGUUAGGAAGUUUAACGGCUAAACGCGGCUAAAUGCGGCUAAUGUAAACAACACCGUCUUUCCACAGAGAGAAGAGAGGGGCGGGGUGAGCAGAGCUCAUUUGCGUUUAAAGGAACAAUCCAUCAGAAUGGGAUGAUUUUUGCAGAGCUGAUUUUGGCAAGGUAAAAAGGGUGUUGUUUUACAAAACCAUCGAGAAUUUUUAAUCAAAGCAUAUUAGAGACUUUUCAUUAAGACCCUAAAGAAUCAUAUCAACUCGUGGAAAAUGGGCAUCUGAUGACCCCUUUAAUGAAUCAGAGGGUCGGGGUAAAUGUGAAUGCAGAAAGCAACACAAACAGUCUUUUCAGCCACAUUAUAAUCAUUAUUUCUGUUUUACAGACAUUUAAAUAACAGAAGUACUGGGAUAAAAGUUUAUAGUUUGGGAAUAAACGCGUAUUGUCUACAGUAGCGAUCAAAACGAAACAAACUGCCCGUUUAAAAAAGUAUGUUUGAAUCGUUGAGUCAUUGAAUCAGAGAUUUCAAGUCAAUCAAGUUUUAAUGAAGUGAGACACUGACUCCUUCAUUGAAUGUUGUUUUUUUUUUUUUUUUUUAUUAUUAUUAUUUUGUUUAAAUGAAUAUAGGUUUUUAAAAGACUUAAGCAAUGAACAGUUUGUCAGCACCACUAGUAAAUUACAUUAUUUUGUUUAGUUUUCUAAUCUUUUUUUCUCCAGAAUCAUGAGAGAAUCAUGAUCUCCAAUUUAUUAAAAAUAACUGAGAUUCUCAAUUUAUCCAGAAUCAUGAAGCUCUUGUUUAAAUGUUGUUUAUUACUGCAUAUAAUUCAUUAAAAUAGCAGUUUAACUUCAUAAAGUUCAAAAUGCAACUUUUUGCAUUUUGUCUUUUUCAGUUGAAUAAAAGACUAUGUUCCCUAUAUAUUUCAUCAUUGAGGAUUUCUUGAGAAAAGUUUAAAAAUCUCGUCUCGUUGUCGUGAACCCAGUCUCGUGUCUCGUCUCGUAGGAUAAGUGUCUCAUCACACCCCUAUAUAUUACAUAUUUUUAUUCAGAAAUCAAUAUUAUCUAACAUAGUUUUUCUGUAAAAUGAGAAAAUAUCAAUGUUGCCAUAUGGCAAUGCUGUACCACAGUGGAACUGAAGUAAUGUAUUUCCCCAUUGGGAUUUUCUAUAGAUAGUAACAUCAAUAAUUUGAUUGUAAUUAUUUAUUUAUUUGAAGUAUUUAUUGUUGUAUAUGUGUAUUUAUGUAUAAAUAAGGAAAUGAUUUAGUCUUUGCAAAAAAUUAAUACAACAAUAUUUUACGGAAAGGGCAAUAGGAAGAGUGCCGAGUUUCCUCUUCCAUGUGAUGACAAUGAGGAUGAGUUUGCCUUCAGUGACUGUAAUAAUGAGUGUGUUUGUGCAUGUGUUUAUGUGUCUGUAUGUGUGUGUGGCAGAUUUUGAUGGAAAUUAAGACUAAAUAAAAAGAAUAUAUAGAAAGAAAUAAAAAGAUAAAAGAAAUGAGCAUUUGAAUUGAAAAGUAAAUCAUAAUUUAAUAGGAAAAGUAAUUUUGGGCCAUUUUCCAUUGUGGUAUAUUGUUGCCAUAUGGCAACAUUUUCCUAAAAAAA